UUAAGUUGUUAUUAGAGCAUCUCCAAUAUAAAACGCCAUUUUUUCCUCCAAAAUGGGUACCCAUUUUAAGAUUGUUAGGCUUUUUGAAAGUUUUUUUGACAAAACAAAACAAAAGGAAAACAAGUUUUGCAUUGAAGUCAUGCCAAAGAAGUUGCAUGAAUUUUUUUUUUUUUUGAUAACCGAGUGUCCUGGUCCCACCGUGGUGGUCCAGACUAGAGACCGAGUCCGUAGCAGGUUCAACACCCAGACAAUGGUCUUCGGUCUCGGGCGCCAGAGCAAGUCCGCAUGUGAAUUCCCUGGUGGCCAGUGGAAAUCGAACCCGGGUCCGUAUUGGGACCGAAGCUCCCUCAAGACCACUAGGCUAACCCCGCUGGUCAAGUUGCAUGAAUUAAAUCUAGCAAAAACUAGCAGUGAUAAUCAUUGAUCUAGGUUCUUACCUUUAGAUAAAAUUACUGGUUAUAACAAAAAGAAAAGCUCAAAUCUGAUGCCUAUCACACCCUUCACCAAGAACAAACGAGGAAUCUGGGUGGAAAAAUAAACUUACAAGAAUAACAAAGAGAUCACAAUCUUUAUGCUUAUUGUGACCACUGUUAAUAAAAGGAAAAUGACAAAGCUUCUCCUAGAAUUUAACACAACAAAGGAUUCCAUGCGAUUGCUGGAAAAAUCUUGUCGGAUAAAAACAUGACGAUUAUUUACAUGGUUUCUCUGUCCAAAAAAAUAUAAACAGAACUAAAUCUAUAAAAUAUCUUUCAAAUCAUUUAGCAUCACUCUGAAACACUAUGCAGCCUAAAAUUGUACUGUUUUUUCUAUACACCUAAUUUUCAUGUCUUUCAUUGGUUUUGAGCUAAUUCACCCAAAGAGAGAACUUACUUUGAUCUGACAUUACAAAAAGAUAUGAGUACAUGAAGUAAGAUCUAACCAAAUCUUUUUACAUGAUUUUGCCUAUCAAAAACGUAGAGUUAAUUUUGGAGGAAUAGGAGCAGGAGAGUCGCAAUUAAUUAUGCACAGUCUAUUGGUACGUAGUUAAUUAUGAGAAAGUUCUUUGGUAGGAACACUAAUUUCUCAUUAAAAUUUGGGUUUAACGAUCAUCUUCCAAUUUAUAACAAAAUUCCUCUUGGAUCAACCUAUAUUUUAAUUUCCUUGAUUGUCUUUUUAAAGUCUUGCUUCCCUUUUGUUUAAUGUCCACAAUCAACAAAAAGAGACAUCCAACUGAUUGGUUAUUUAAGUCUCUCUCUGGUACGUUAUCCUUUGAAUUUUCAACAUUAUACUUUGCAUUUUCUCUCCUUAUUUCCCCUCAAGGACCCCAUAACUUUCUCCAAACUCCAUAAAGUAUUUGGAGCCCGCAACGUCAGUAAGCUUCUCAGUGAGGUCCUUGAAGAACAGAGACAAGAAACCGAUAACUCGUUUGUCUUAUGAGACUGACGUUCGUCUCAAGGAUCCAGUUUACGGUUGCAUUGUAGCCAAUAGCUUCUCUGCAGAAGAAGAUGCUUGAGCUUGAACAUGAUAUAGCCCUUGCUCGCUCUCGACUACUUGGCCAUUCUGGAGUUAACAACAACAAAGCUGCAGUCUACUCUGAUGCCGUUCUCUGAGUUUUGAUCACGAGGAGAAGGGAGAUGCAUUGUAUGGUGAAUUUAAUUCAAGCUCAGGCAGCUAUGCUCGUAGCAAGCUUUUCGUGCAAGCUAUGAAUUGAAGCAUGUAAUUUCCAUGUCCUGGAGUCUUCACUUGAAAACAAUGAUAUUUUUUCUCAUAUAUGCUAUGGUUUUUUAUCUAUGCGUACGUGCUACGGAAGCGAAUAAUGACGUCAUCUUAUUUUCAUAUGCUAUAUUUAUUUUUAUUUUAAUUUCCAUGUGCUGGAGGGAGAGCUUCUUCGCGCCUAUUUCUCACGAAGAACGCUCCUCACCUCAUUCCCUCUCUCCCUCAUCAUGCCCAAAUCCAACGACGGCGGCGCAGAUUCCGAGUCCGAGUCCGAGUCCGUCCCGCUGCUCGAUCUAUCGAAACCGUCAUCACCGAUCUCCUUCCCGAUCAAAUCUCUCCAAUAUUUAAAAUCACGUUCGUACUUCGACUCUUUCCACUUUCAGUUCAAUCGCUCCACAGUCCCUCUCCGGCGAGACUUACCUGAUCGGCCAAGGGUUUUAGUCUGCCACGAUAUGAAAGGAGGGUACGUAGACGACAAGUGGAUCCAAGGGUGUGAAAACGACGCCGGGUUUGCUAUUUGGCAUUGGUUUUUGAUGGAUGUGUUUGUUUACUUCUCUCACUCUCUGGUGACGAUUCCUCCUCCUUGCUGGACCAAUACAGCUCACAGGCAUGGCGUUAAGGUGUUGGGGACUUUCAUCACGGAAUGGGAUGAAGGAAAAGCUACCUGCAAUGAGAUGCUUGCCACUAAGGAGUCUGCUCAGAUGUAUGCUGAGCGUUUGGCUGAGCUUGCUACUUCUCUAGGUUUCGAUGGAUGGCUGAUAAAUAUAGAGAACGAAAUAGAUAAAGAACAGGUUCCUAAUUUGAUGGAGUUCGUCAGCCAUCUAACAAAAGUCUUGCAUUUAUCCACUCCUGGGUCUUUGGUUAUAUGGUACGAUAGUGUCACUGCUCAUGGCCAUCUUAAAUGGCAAGAUCAUUUGAAUGAAAAGAACAAACCUUUCUUUGACUUGUGUGAUGGUAUCUUCAUGAACUAUACAUGGAAGGAGAGCUACCCAAAAUUAUCAGCUGAAGUUGCCGGGGACAGAAAAUAUGAUGUUUACAUGGGAAUUGAUGUCUUCGGUCGCGGCUCCUUUGGUGGUGGUCAAUGGACUGUUGAUACUGCUCUUGAUUUGCUGAAGAGAAACAAUGUAUCAGCGGCCAUCUUCGCUCCUGGAUGGGUAUAUGAGACUGCACAACCACCUAAUUUCCACACAGCUCAGAAUAAGUGGUGGUCACUUGUUGAGAAGUCAUGGGGAAUAGUCCAAACAUAUCCACAAGUGUUGCCAUUUUACUCGGAUUUCAAUCAGGGCUUUGGUAACCAUGUAUCACUCGAGGGUCGCCAGUUAUCUGAUGCUCCAUGGUACAACAUUUCUUGCCAGAGUCUUCAGCCACUCCUCGAGUUCAAGGAAGACAACACUGAUAUCAUUCAGGUCACUAUUGAUACUAGAGAUGCAUCUUAUAACGGAGGAGGGAACAUCGUUUUUAAAGGAAGACUCGAGGGAGAUGUGUAUUUCACAGCAAGGCUCUUUAAACCUCUCCUUCAUCUUUCUUCUUCCCCCAUCACAGUCUCCUACUCUGUGAAAUCAGAUGAGACUUUUAAACUUGGACUCCUGCUUUCUUUCUCGUCCGCAUCACACGGGACUAAAUCCAUACUUGUGGCGCCACAAGAACCCAUCCCUAGAUUAGAUCACAUGUUCUUGAAGUGCCUCGUUACAUCAGAGCAGACUGUAUCAGAGUGGACGGUACACGAGACAAGCCUUGUCAUGGAUGAACACACACUAACUGAAAUCUCUUUCUUUUGCUACAGAACAGAGAACUCGACGAAGGCAUCAGAGUACGUUGCAUUGCUCGGUCACAUUUCAAUCAAAGAUCAUGUUCAGCUCCUCCAGCAAAACUUCGUUUCCUUACCUCCAGCAUCAUCAUGGGUCAUCGAGGCUCAUAACAUAGAGCUCAUGGUAGAUUCGGACGUGAAAGGGGUCAGCUUCGUGGUGCAACCGUGUGGUGAAGAUGGGUUAUGGAGAAAGCUUGAUGAUUCCCCUAACCUUCUUGUGGACUUGGAGGGUCUCUCGUAGGUUGCUGGAAACAAUGAAACGAUUCAUAAUGUAUAUUACAAAAUUACAUUAAUCUAGAAAGUGGGGAAAACAUGAUAAAAAAAACCUGAACUGAUAACAGAUCAUCAUCGUACAACUUCUUAAAAAUAUAAUUAAUGUACAUUAAUUUCCUUGUAUUUUAUAAUUAUAAAGAGAUCUUUUCCUUGUGCUA